UCCUUCUUCGACCUAAUUUCUAAUUAAAUUCAAUAAUUUCCCUUUCAACGGUGAGACGCUGCAUUACUUUGAUGGAUGAGUGCCAUCAGAUGCGUCCUCACCAAACUCCGCCCUCCUCCUCUGCCACCUCAGCUUCUCUCAUGGCGCCGCUCCUCAACAUUAUCACCUCUACCCUCCAAAUACACACUCUCUUCCAUCACAGAUUCGAACCUCCGCGAAUUGAUCAAUUCUUGCGGAAGCCAAGGCAAUAUCCGCCUAGGUUCUCACCUCCACGCCUACCUCAUCAAGAGCCCUCCAUCUUUUGACAACGGAGCUCCACUCUCUCGCCGAAAUUCUCAGGUGAUUUACAACUCCUUACUCCACAUGUACUGCAAAUGCGGCCAGCUCCGUGAUGCAGCCAACCUGUUCGACGAAUUGCCGCUGAGAGACACUGUGUCGUGGAACUCGCUCAUUUCGGGUUUCCUGAAAUUGGGAGAGUUGGAAACGGGAUUUGGGUAUUUCAAAUUGUUGUUGGGCUCUACUGAAUACAUGUUUGAUCACGCGAGUUUAACUUCGGUGCUAUCGGCUUGUGGUGGAAAGGAGUUGCUUGGCAUUGUGAAGAUGGUGCACGCAUUGGCGAUUCUAAGUGGUUAUGAGAGGGAUGUAACAGUCGGGAAUGCCCUAACGACGUCGUAUUUCAGAUGUCUGUCUCUGGAGUUGGGGAUGUGCGUUUUUGAUGAGAUGGCUGAGAGGAAUGUUGUUACUUGGACGGCUGCUAUUUCGGGAAUGGCGCAGAAUAAGUUUUUUGUUGGGAGCUUGAAGCUGUUUAUGGAAAUGCACCACAGUUCGGUUUCCCCCAAUGGUUUGACGUAUUUGGCCGCGCUCACGGCCUGCUCUGGACUGCAGGCCCUCAAGGAGGGUGCUCAGAUUCAUGGUGUGGUUUGUAAGAUGGGGUAUCAAUCGGAUUUGUGCAUCGAGAGUGCAUUGAUGGAUGUGUAUUCGAAAUGUGGUUGUGUGGAUGAGGCCUGGCGGAUAUUUGAGUCUGCUGAGGUUCUUGAUGAGGUGUCUAUGACUGUUAUACUUGCUGGUUUUGCACAGAACGGAUACGAGGAGGAGGCUAUACGGUUGUUUGUGAAGAUGGUGAAGGCGGGAGCCUAUCUCGACCCCAACAUGAUUUCUGCCAUUCUUGGGGUGUUUGGCAUCGGUGCUUCUCAAGGUCUAGGCGUGCAGAUUCACUCUAUGGUGAUCAAGAAGGGAUUUGCUUCAAAUGUCUUUGUUAGCAAUGGCUUAAUCAACAUGUACUCCAAAUUUGGGGAGUUGGAAGGGUCGGUUAAGGUUUUUGAGCGUAUGUAUGGGAAGAAUCUGAUUUCUUGGAACUCCAUCAUUGCAGCUUUUGCUCGUCAUGGUGAUGGGUUGAGAGCGCUGCAGCUAUACGAACAGAUGAAGUCAGACGACGUGGAACCAACAGAUGUUACAUUUCUGUCAUUGCUUCAUGCUUGUAGUCAUGUAGGGCUACUGCAUAAGGGCAUGGAGUUUUUACAAUCUAUGGUGAAAACAUAUGGAAUGAAGCCGAGGAUGGAGCAUUACGCGUGUGUAGUAGACAUGCUGGGCCGAGCAGGGCUAUUGAAGGAAGCCAAGAGCUUCAUAGAGGGGUUGCGGGUGAAACCAGAUGCGCUUGUUUGGCAAGCAUUGCUCGGUGCUUGUAGCAUCUAUGGCGAUGUUGAUGUGGGGAAGUAUGCAGCCGAGGAGCUAGCUCAGGCGGCACCUGAUAGUCCAGUGCCGUUUGUCUCCAUGGCGAACAUCUACUCUUCUAGAGGGCGGUGGAAGGAACGAGCAAGAACAAUCAAGAAGAUGAAGGAGAAAGGAGUGGCGAAAGAGACUGGUGCGAGUUGGAUUGAGAUUGAGAAGAAGAUUCACAGAUUUGUUGUUGCUGAUCGAAUCCAUCCACGAGGCGACCAUGUCUACGCAGUGCUAACGAUGAUUAUUGGGCACAUGAGAGACGAUGAUGGCCUAAAUUCUUCAAGCUCCAUUGCACAUUUUCCACUAGAUUAUUGGAUGCUUGGUUGUACAUGAUGAAGCUUGAUGAGUUGUGAUGCUUGUUGCAGAAAAUGUAUGAGUUGAUUUUGGAGUUUGUUUAGGGGCCAAAAAUCUUGCUUUUGUUUUGAUGGAUUUUAAGGAGGAAUGUAUAAGUGUUUUAUUUAUUAA